CAGAGUACAAAGCUAUCAAACACCACACAGGCUCCUGUACUUUACAUAUUGUUUUCAGAGGUUACAAAUUAAAAAACUAACUGGGGACUUUUGGUGGAAAGGAAUACUGGGCAAGGAAAGAACUAAAACACUUCAAAAUGAGACUCUAUCUGUUGCUUUCGCUAUUUUUCUGCUUCUGCUUAGCUUUCCGCAAGGAACCGGAUUUCCUGAUUAAAAAAUGCUUAUCAAACAGAUAUACACACCAGUCGUGUUCCAAAGUCUUCUGCCAACCGUGGGAGAAAUGCGUCGAAGGAACCUGCAUAUGUAAGCUUCCCUACCUGUGUCCGAAGGGCGGCAGUUCAGUUUGCUCGACCAGUCAUCGAUUAUUCCGGAGUUAUUGUCAGCUGAAGAGUUACGAAUGCCUCCACCCAGAAAACAAGUUUUUGAUCAAUGGAACCUGUGAAAAGAAAGAGACAUUCACCGUUUCCUUGGAGUUUGGAGAGCUCCCCAGCGAGGGAAUUGUGCAGGUGAAACUCGUGAACAGCGACGAGCGAGAGUACCUAUGUAACAGUAAGUGGAGCAUAACGGAAGCAAAUGUGGUCUGCCGACACCUGGGCCACGCGGAAGGAGCGCUUUACCAUCGGUAUUCAAACAAUUCUGGAAUUCAAAUGAAGGCCCCUAACUGCCUGGAUGUGACUUGUAGAGGAUUGGAGAGCAGCUUGUCUGAAUGUGCUUUUUCUAAGAGAGCUAACACUAACGAUGAGACACCCGCGGGAGUCACCUGCUACUUACGUGAAGUAGAACCUCCCUCACCUGAUUCAUUUAAAUGCGUCAAUGGAAAAUUCAUCCCUCGGAGUAAAACUUGCGAUGGCAUUAACGACUGUGCGGAUCAAAGCGACGAGCUGUGCUGUCGAGCGUGUCAACCUGGGAGUUUCCACUGUACAUCGGACGUGUGUAUUCCCGAAGACUAUCGCUGCAACGGGGAAAUGGACUGCAUUUUGGGAGACGACGAAAGUAAUUGUAAAGGGGAAGAAAGUUUCGAAACUCAGGAUCAAGGGGUUCGCCAGGAUGAAGUUCAAGUCCAAGAACGAGCUCAAGCCUUGAAUGACAACAUGGAUAAUGAAAGGAGAAAGAUAAAAUCCCUUUUGCCACAAAUCACCUGUGGGAUGAGACGAAUCACCCCUAUCAGAAGGAAACGAAUUCUAGGAGGAAAGUCGGCAAUUAAGGAUGAAUUCCCUUGGCAGGUGGCAAUUAAGGAAGACAACCAAAUCAAAUGUGGAGGGAUUUAUAUCGGUGGCUGUUGGAUUCUGACGGCGGCACACUGCGUGAGGCCAAACAAAGCUCAUCGGUAUCAAGUCUGGACCGGACUGUUGGACUGGAUAAAACUGAACCCGGAGAUACAAAUUCACAAAGUAAACCAACUGAUCAUCCAUGACCAAUACAGCGCAUCUACGUACCAAAAUGACAUUGCUUUAUUGGAGGUGAAGAAGCAGGGGAAUAAAAAAGAGUGCGACCUGCCGUUCACCACCCCGGCUUGCCUUCCCUGGUCAGAGUAUAUGUUCAGACCCAAUCACCGAUGCAUAGUUUCUGGCUUCGGACUAGAAGAAGAGUUCAGCAGGGUCUAUAGUCUCAAAUGGGGCCAUGUGAACCUGAUAGCCAACUGCUCAAAAUUCUACUCCUCUCGCUUUUAUGAGAAAGAGAUGCUAUGCGCAGGUACCGAGGACGGUUCCAUCGAUGCUUGUAAAGGAGAUUCCGGAGGACCCCUCGUGUGCAUGGAUUCCAACAACGUGGCCUACCUCUGGGGCAUCGUCAGCUGGGGGGAAAACUGCGGCAAGCCUGAAUUCCCUGGGGUCUACACAAAGGUGGCCAAUUACUUCGACUGGAUUAGCCACUAUGUCGGGAGAGCUCUCAUUGCUCAGUACAACGUGUGAAGCUCUGAAGCCACGGACACACCGAAACGGUAGAGAAGCCUCAAACCGAAUCUCCCGAGCUGUCUGUCCACGCUCUGAGCCACCAGGUGCUCCGUUUUAAGCAAAGAUCACGCAAAAGUAACGACGCGUACCGUCAAACUGGAAACCACCUCCCCAGAUAGCCGCCCUUCAUGCUUCUUUCUUUUUUUUUGGCCACGCACCUUGACUCCGCCACCCCGAAAUCUUCCUGCAAAAUUCCAAUAAAUUCUGCCUGUAUUUCAAUGGA